AAUUCUUUUACUGAUUGUAAUAUAUAUUUGUCAUUAAAAUUUUCAGUGAUAUUGAAAAGAAAUGAUUUCUCUUGUAGGACAUUGCAUAAUUUCAUAUUAUGGAAACUGGUAAUGUCGCUGAUGCCUCAUAUGAUAGACGAGUACCAGCAGAAGAGGGUCGAGUUUCGAAAGAUCUUGUUGGGCAUAUUGAGUGAGAGGAACAGGUGGUCCCAUUGCGUCGAAUGGACAAAUAAAAAGCUUGGCAUGGCAGUGGGUGCUCUCUUCAUACGCGACAAUUUCAACCAUGAUAGCAAGGAGACGGCACUGGAAAUGAUUCGCACGAUACGAGAAGCGUUCAACGAGUUACUAGCCGAGAAUCAUUGGAUGGACAGUGGAACCAGGGCUGUGGCUAAGAGCAAAGCUGACUCGAUGAACGAGAGAAUCGGGUAUCCAGAAUUUCUAAAGGAUCCCAUAGAACUCUCCAAGGAAUACGUGACGCUGCAAAUUACUGAGAAUCAUUACUUGGGGAAUGUACUGGCUGUGCUCCAGUACGAUGCUUAUCACAAUCUAGAGAAACUGCGGAAGCCGGUUGAUAAGGACAAAUGGACCACGGAACCGGCCGUUGUCAACGCCUAUUACAAUCCUAAUAAAAACGACAUUGUUUUUCCGGCCGGAAUUCUGCAGCCGCCUUUCUACUCGCAGCAUUUUCCGAAAUCAUUGAACUACGGUGGGAUCGGAGUGGUAAUCGGCCACGAGAUCACUCACGGUUUCGAUGAUAAAGGGCGCCAGUUCGACAAAGAUGGGAACAUGAUGCAAUGGUGGAACAACGCGACCGUGAAAGCAUUCAGGGAAAGGGCGCAAUGCAUCGUCGAUCAGUAUUCAAAAUACAAAUUACAGGAAGUCGAUUUGUAUAUCAAUGGGAGGAUGACCCAAGGGGAGAACAUUGCUGACAACGGCGGACUCAAACAAUCAUUUAGGGUGAAUUAUUUCAUUCUAAUUAUUAGACUGCGGAUUUCAUGUGUUUCUAAAUUAAGGAUGUAUUGGCUAUACGUAAUGCCAGAAUAUUUUGGGGUAAGUUGUGACGCUGAGUGCUUUGAGAAGACUAUUACUAUGAUACUGACCACGAUGGGGCCACAAAAGACUACAUGGUUCUUUUCCUGUGGUUCACCGUGGUAA